CAGGCUGCCCGCCGCGGGGCGCACGCUCGGGCGGCUCCCGGCUUCCGCGCAAAACUUCCACCCUGUCUGCGUGAAGUGGCCGCUGCCUCGGAGGGGGAAGGAGCUUCGAGAAAAGCUGGGGCGUGCGGGCCACGGCCGGGCGCGCGCUCCUCGCCUUUUCUUCUGCUUUCUCCCGGGUCGCCGGUGCAGACUUUGGGCUCCUCUCCUCCUCCCUCUCGCAGCCAGCUGGCCCCACGCCCCGUUGCUCCCCCGUUUGUGUACGCUGUUUGUUGGGGGGGGGGGUGACCAAAGGGGAUGUCCUGUUUUCACCAGAGACACAGCGCGAAGGGGAAACUUAGACAUUGCAAGGAGCGAGACUAAACACCUAAGGAUCGACGCGCAGAACUGUGGCUCAGACGGACACUAGAACUUGGGGAUCCCGAGGCGGCCCGGGCGACGCGAGAUAGUCCAUUUGUAACUGAAGGAAGCUGCUUCUACUUGGGAGUGGCAGGAAAAUUGAGACAACCACAUGGAAGACUCCCAGGAUUUAAAUGAACAAUCAGUAAAGAAAACGUGCACAGAAUCCGAUGUUUCAGAACCUCAGAAUUCCAGGUCCAUGGAAAUGCAGGACCUGGCAAGUCCUCACACUCUCGUUGGAGGUAGUGAUACUCCUGGUAGCUCCAAACUGGACAAACCUAAUCUCAGCAGCACUUCAGUCACUACAAAUGGGACAGGAGGGGACAACAUGACUGUUUUAAAUACAGCAGACUGGUUGCUGAGUUGCAACACCCCCUCUUCCGCAACAAUCAAAACAGAGCCUUUGAACAGCAGUGAGACCACAACCACGACUGGAGAUGGAGCGCUUGACACUUUUACUGGGUCAGUAAUAACAAGUAGUGGCUACAGUCCCCGGUCAGCACAUCAGUAUUCCCCACAGCUAUAUCCUUCCAAGCCCUAUCCACACAUUCUUUCUACACCAGCAGCUCAAACGAUGUCUGCCUAUGCAGGCCAGACUCAGUAUUCGGGAAUGCAGCAGCCGGCAGUGUACACAGCCUACUCUCAGACAGGACAGCCCUACAGCCUGCCCACUUACGAUCUGGGUGUGAUGUUGCCAGCUAUCAAGACAGAGGGUGGCCUUGCCCAAACUCAGUCACCGUUGCAGAGUGGCUGCCUCAGUUACAGUCCAGGGUUUUCUACCCCACAGCCGGGCCAGACGCCUUACUCUUACCAAAUGCCAGGUUCUAGUUUUGCACCAUCGUCUACUAUUUAUGCAAAUAACUCAGUUUCGAAUUCAACAAAUUUCAGUGGUUCACAACAGGAUUACCCAUCCUACACAGCCUUUGGCCAAAACCAGUAUGCGCAGUAUUAUUCAGCAUCAACGUACGGAGCGUAUAUGACAUCAAAUAACACUGCUGACUGCACCUCAUCAUCAACCUCCACUUACCAGUUGCAGGAAUCUCUCCCCGGGCUGACUAGCCAACCAGGAGAAUUUGAUACCGUACAGAGCCCCUCCACACCCAUCAAAGAUCUUGAUGACCGAACAUGUAGGAGUUCUGGAUCGAAGUCCCGAGGAAGAGGCCGGAAAAAUAACCCCUCCCCACCUCCCGACAGUGACUUGGAGCGUGUGUUUGUCUGGGAUUUGGAUGAAACCAUCAUUGUUUUUCACUCGCUCCUCACAGGCUCUUAUGCACAGAAGUAUGGCAAGGAUCCCCCCAUGGCUGUAACCCUUGGGCUCCGAAUGGAGGAAAUGAUUUUUAAUCUUGCUGAUACACAUUUGUUUUUUAAUGAUUUAGAGGAGUGCGAUCAGGUGCACAUAGAUGACGUUUCCUCCGAUGAUAAUGGGCAGGACUUAAGUACCUACAGUUUUGCAACUGAUGGCUUCCAUGCAGCUGCAACUAGUGCAAACCUUUGUUUGCCAACAGGUGUAAGAGGAGGAGUGGACUGGAUGAGGAAGUUGGCUUUUCGUUACAGAAGAGUAAAAGAGUUAUAUAACACCUACAAGAACAAUGUCGGAGGACUCCUUGGCCCUGCCAAGAGGGAUGCCUGGCUGCAGUUGAGGGCAGAGAUCGAAGGCCUGACAGAUUCCUGGCUCACAAAUGCACUUAAGUCUUUAUCAAUUAUUAGUACUAGGAGUAACUGUGUAAAUGUCUUAGUAACAACAACCCAACUGAUCCCAGCACUUGCAAAAGUUCUACUCUAUAGCUUAGGAGGUGCUUUCCCCAUUGAAAAUAUUUACAGUGCAACUAAAAUAGGAAAAGAAAGUUGCUUUGAACGAAUAAUGCAAAGGUUUGGCAGAAAAGUAGUAUAUGUUGUAAUUGGGGAUGGUGUAGAAGAAGAACAGGCAGCAAAAAAAGCACAACAUGCCCUUUUGGAGGAUAUCAAGUCACUCGGACCUCUUGGCUCUCCAUCAGGCACUGGAAUUAGAGUAUUUGUAACUGUAUUCUCUAGCUGGAGAUCCAUUUUUUUUUUUUUUUUUUUUUUUUUGUAUUUCAAGUACACUGAAUUUUUAUGUGUGAUUCAGUGCCUCUGGCUCUACACAUAUAAAUUGUCUUAAAGGAUGAAAUCAUAUUUGGAAUGAGAAUUCCAGAAUGAAGAAUUCAGAUUGCUGAAUGGAAUGAAACUUUAGUGCUACAGAAAGGAAACUCUAUGGUCUUAUAUUUACAACACGGUAAUGGUUUUUAAAAAAAAAAUUUGCGGAGGUUGCUGGUGCACAUGGAAUGAGACGUAACUGGAAUUAACAGCUUUAGCAAAGAACUCUUAAUUCUCCCAAGCAGCAACACUUGAGCUCCGUGUGACAAGGUGAUCAACAACAUUCCUCAAAAUGGGAGACCCUCUCAGCCCUGAGGUUUGGAUAUGACUUUAGUCUACCUAGCCCAGAAAAUCUGAAUUGGAAUGCACUCAGACUGUAUAAGGACAGUCCUCUCUAAACCUGUAAUUUGUGUAAAUUAUUGAUGAAAAUAAUUUACUGUGACUUUACUAGCAGCUGACUUUGAAAGUGGAUGCAAUUUUUUCUUUCAUUUGUUGGGGAGGGGAAAGGGAGGGAAGACGGGAAUAUAAUAUUGUCUCUUUUCUAAGUUUGGCAAACAGAAUGUUCAUACUGAUGUGUUGUGCCUUAAAGACAAGACAGCAUUCGUGUGUUACAAUGUAACUUUGGUUUAAAAAAAAAAUCUCUGUAGAUAAUGAAAAGCAAAAAAAGUUUGUACUAGUUCUUAACAUGACCAAAUUUAAAAUUCAAGCUCUCAAAGUUUAAUACUAUAUCAAAAAGAAACCAAGUAUUUGUUGCAAAAAAAAGAAACCAUUAGUAGCAAUAAAGGCUUGUAUUUUAUUUGGAUUCUUAAUAAUUCCAAUAAUUGUAUUAGGCAACUAUCUGUGCAUCCAAUCAUAUGGAGAAAGUUUGGGAGAAACGGUGGGACCUUUAUUUAGAAAGUAAAAUAUAUGCUGAAGUCUCAAGUACUCUUUCUACAGUUUUACUAAAGAAAACUAAGAGCCAUAUUCAUGACAACUUGCACAGUUCUGAGUUUGAGACUUUUGAUCCAUAGAAAUUGGGUAGAGAAGAAUCUUAAAUGAAAAUUAUUGCCAGUUACCAACCAAAUCAAUCAAGCUAUCUUUAGACUAUGCUGUGGGCAUAGAUGAAAAUUUACACUGAGUGAAGAUGCCUUAAAAUACAAGUAAGUACGUGUAUUCCCAAUGCCACUUGGGAAAAUGAAGUGUCAUCAGCCAUGAAAGGCGGAUGCAUCAGAUGGCUUCCAAGGAAUGAAGUGAGUCUAUGACAGUUUCACCCAGAACAUCAUCAUAAAACUGAAUUAGCAAGUGAGCCAGAGUCUGGCAGCUUUACCAAAUGACAGCAGUGAAAUAGCACUGGUUCCGUCUUAACACAUCAAUCCAAGGUCUCCACAUUACAGACCUGGGUGUGUUGGUUUUUGCCUGUACUUUUACUGAGUAAUGGACUACAUUCAUUGCAGGGAGGGCCUGUCAUAGUUGUGUUUGCAUGUUGUUUUUUUUUUUUUUUGGUGUGUAGCCCAUGUUGGGAACAUGACACAGGUUCUCCUACCAUUUUCUAUGACAUGAUUUCCCUUGUAGAAAUUUAAGCCUUUGAGAUCUAAAGUAUUCUAAUGGAAUCUGCGCCUGCAGCUGUGUAUUUAAAAUGGCAUGAUGUGGAUAUUGGAGUCCAGAUAUGAUUCAGUGUCUAGGUUCACAAUAGGCCAUCAGCUGAGGCUUCUGAGGUUCAAAAGAGGUCAGUGUGUGUCUCACAGAUCACCGCAUGCAGUAUGGAAAUUUAAUUUAAUUUUGUCAGACUCUCAACCUGCAUUUCUUCAGUGACUUCUGAGGCCAUGUUUACGAUGGGCAGAAAGAUAAUGAGAUCCCAGUUGCAUAUAUUUAUGAGAUAAACCUUAUUCUUUAAAUGCUGCUGCCUCUGCCCCAAGUAAUACAGCAAGCAAAUUAUGGUUGAACUCUUUCUAUAAUAUUACUACUAAAUCAGUAAUACAUUUUAUACUUCUGUUGAUCUCUAGUUUGUAAAUAGGUUUAAAAAAUUAAAGAGUUGCAACUUAUUCUCAGUACUUUUGCACACUGAAAUCUGUAAUAUUUAUUGCUGUGAAUUAAAAAAUGAUUGUUGCUGAAUAGCCAGUUUCUUUAAAAGGCAGAAUUGUGGCACUACAUCUAAAUUUUUGAUUCUGUUUUUAUAUCAAGUAAGCAAGUCCUCUUUACGUUGCUAAAGGUGCAGGUGCACAAAGAAAUACCAAGAAGCUGCCUGAUAGCCUCUCCCAGUGCUGCUUUACACACACACACACACACACCUUUAUUUCUGGUUAUAUGUUUAAAAAACUUGAAUGUGACAUUGGCACAAAACAGCUUGGCAGAUGCCGAUCAGCCAUGGGCACCGCUUGGCCAUGUGACUUGAAGCAUGUUGAAAGUAGAACUCUUCGCUUCCCGACUUAGGAGCAGAAAGUCCUCUUCCUUUCUGGUGAGAAAAACAAAACAAACCGACAAAUAAAAACUAGCUCUUUGCCAGUUCUAUUUUCAUGUGGAAUAUUGUGCCUUAUUGUAAACUAGUUUGAAAAAUCCUCUAUAACUAAAAUGGAUUUUUGACUAUUAAAUACACAAAGUUGGUCUAUUACUCAGAAAGAUAACCACCUUGUGUUGCACCUUAAAAAAUACCAAGGCCAUGUAAUUUUAGUAACAAGAUAGGUGGCCCGUCUAUGACGUUAUAGCAUAGGACAAAGACACUCUAUCCCUGAAUAAUGUAUAAAUCAGAUUCAGAGGCAAAAAUAUUGUAGAAUCAUAUAGUUUAUUCACAAAGAAAUAAUAAUAACUGUCUCUAAACAUGUUUUUUUCUUCAGUCUCCAAUCAGCUGAGAUUCAAAAUAAUGUCAACAGCAUGCUCCACUAUGAAGUCAUUCUUAUAAAGCACAUUUGAUGGUGACACGCCUACAUUCUCAGUGAAUAUGGCAUUUAGUAUUUCUUUUGAAACAAACGUAAGCAUCAUGAGCCAAAGUUGCAUUUUGACUCCCAACUAUGGUAGCAUUAUGGAAAUCUCACAGUCAAAGUCAAGGGGUUCUGUUAUGUAUUAGUAAAGUAUAGAUUAUUGGGGCCUACAUAAUUUAAAGAAAUGUAAAUUAAUAUUAAAAGCCUGUAAAAAUAUGUACAUCUUUACUAUUUCUCAAUAAAUAUCUUUGCAAAUGUUUUCAUUUUCUUCACCCUUCCAUUUGGUAGAGUCUUUAUGUGUAUAUUUAGUAUGAUUCUGAAUCAUGUACAUUUUUUAUUUAGGUCUGUUGAUGUAUGUAGUUGUUUCUGCUUUGCCUACAUUGCACAAUUUGUGAUUAAGGCAACUUGGAUGUGACACGGUGAAAUGUUUCUAACUCUUUAAAGUGGCUGGUUUACUAAGAAGAUAUGAGUUGUAUAGAUUUUUACAUAUAGCUGGUUUUAUUCAAGUAGAAAGCAGAUUGUAGCCACAAUUCAUUAAAGUGUUCCCUGUAGGUGAACGGACUGUUAUAAGCUAUGGAUUAUAGUUUACAAGAACCUUUCAAGAGAAUAAAGGAGUAUUUUUCUGAAAUGGA